AUGCCAUAUGAACCGGUGUUAGCACCAGCAGGUGUGACAAGUGAUUCGACUUCGAGCGUGAGCGAGGAUAGCGGUUUUCGCCAUUACCUCAGGAAGGUUUCUUCAUUGGGCACACCAGCACAAGUCACUAGUACCAUCUUCAUCAUUCCACGGAACGAAGUUGUGAACGAUCAGGUGUUCUCGAAGAGCUACGACAGCGCAGAAGUUCAAGAGUGGAAACAUCCUCGGUGGAGAGAAUACACUCCUGUUGAUAGGACCUCCCUAACUGAUCCCUCCAGCACUACCAAUAUGGCAACAGCAACACUAACGACAUCGACAAUGAUAACCACGGAGAGUGGUUUCCAGGAUGUCGGACUUUCUUCUUCUACCAUCUCGUCGUCCAUCGAAUCUCCACGAUCCACUUCCAUAGAACAUGUAGAAGACGAGCCAGAGGAGAUUGCAAGACAUCCCAGACACUCUACUACCUAUCAGUUUAGAUCGCAAAAUCUACAGCCUCGUAGUGGUCAGGUAAUCACCUCAUGGUUCCAAAAGAUUUUUCGUCGAAAGGAGUCCGAAGGUCUAAAGGAUCCCCAAAAUUCCAUGUAG